AGUAGUAAGAUUUUCUCACCAAAUGCAGGAUUAAUGACAAAUACUUAGUAAACAGAACACUACCUCCUGUUUAUAUUAAGUUACCUUGUGAGAAACCUCACCUGCUAUUGCUUUACAUAGAUAUACCGGACACGUGUUCAUUCUCUCAGAGACACUCUCUUAGAACCUAAUGCAGACCUGAUCGCUAGCCUUGCCCUGUCUAUAAUAUCUCAAGGUCGAUAAACAUUCUAAUCGGGCAGUCAAGGUAGAGUCGUCCAUAUAAACCCAGACAUAGGUCUGUUAUUUGUCAGAAUACAAGCUGUUUGCUUGGCAGCCAUGAUGACCCUCAACUCUCUCCUCCUCCUGCCUCUCCUGUUUUGGGGCGUAAUGGCUCAGUGCCCCUCAGCAGCUGACCUGGUGAAUGACAGCGGGGAGAAACUCUGUGCCCGCAUGUUUGAAAACAGCAACAUGUACUUUGAUCAGUCGUGUGGUGGUAAAUUUCUCGACGUCAAGAAUGGUGAUGACUUCCCUUACAUGCCACUGGGAUGGGGAAACAAGAUUUCAUCGCUGGUUGUAGGAAAUCGCUGUACCCUGAAAGUGUGGAGCAAAGCAGGCAAAACUGGCAAUAACCGUUCCUUCUCUGCUGGGAUUGUCUACCAACUGAAGGACUAUGCUAAUGGCCUGUUUGGGGACUGGAACGACUCAAUCCAAGGCUAUUAUUGCACCUGUUAAAAAGGACAUUUAGAGAACUCCGGGGGAAGGUGAUUUGUUGAACAAUUAACCAUUCCAUGUCAUUAAACAAUUAGUGCUGUACCUGUGUCUGUGAAUUAACAGUAAGAUAUACAGGGCCUGAUAGGGUUAUUUAAAUGUGAAUUUUAAUGCAGAAUUUAAGAUGACACUCCAGGCUCCCACACACGUUAGAUGCACUGUGUAGGUUAGGUUACAGUUAGUUAUACUGGAUGGGUUUAUAUUAUGAAAGAGACACUCCAGGCUCCCACACACGUUAGAUGCACUGUGUAGGUUAGGUUACAGUUAGUUAUACUGGGUGGGUUUAUAUUAUUAAAGGGACACUCCAGGCUCCCACACAUGUUAGAUGC